AUGGUGAGAAGAAAUAAUAAUAACAAUAAUAGAAAGGGCAGUUCUAAAGGAUCUGACCCUGAUACUGUUGAUCCGUAUGGAUUAAAUGAGGUAGAUGAAUUUGCCUCUAAAAAGGAAAAAUUACUAUUGGAACAAUCCACAUUGAGUAAUCAAAGAAAUGAUGAUGAUGACUUCCUUGAAGAUGAAGAGGAAGAAGAGGUUUUAGGGAUGACUGAUGAGGAAUCAGGUUCUGAGGAGCUCGAAGAAGAACAAGCAGAACAAGACGACGACGAAGAAGAAGAAGAAGGAUUGGAUGGUGCUGAAGCUUAUAGGAAAGUAUUUGGUAGAAGCCUAGAUGCGGACCAACGUGUUGAUGAGGAAGCUGAAGGUGGAAUGCUAGAUAAUGAAAACGCUUGGGGUUCUAAUAAAGGUGAAUAUUAUGGUGCCGAUGAUCUUGAUGACGAAGAAACCGCCAAAGAAAUUGAAAAGGAAGCUUUGCGUCAACAAAAGAAACAUUUACAGGAAUUGAAUAUGAAUGAUUAUAUGGAUGAUGAAGUAGAAGAAGAAUGGGUUAAAAGUGCUAAAGAAUUUGACGUAAAGGAAUUCCAAAAUACAACUAAACAAACUGAAACCUCUGCCUCCAUAAAAGAUAUCAUGAAGAUGGAUGAAGAUUCUAAGAGAGAAUAUUUGAAAACAAUGUUUCCUGAAUACCUUCCCUUAUCCAAGGAAUUAGCGAGCUUGUCGGAUGUUUUAGUAGAUUUGAAAACUAAAGAAGAAUCUGAAACAACUAAACUUAAAAUUAUGGCACUAUGUACUUAUCUUGGUACAAUCUCUUCCUAUUUUGGGAUCUUAUUACAUGAACUUAAAAACAAUGAUGAUUUCUUCACAAUGAAGGAUCAUCCUGUAAUGGAAUCAAUCUUAACAUCAAAAGAAGUGUGGAGACAAGCAAAGGAACUUCCUGAAGAAUUCAAUGCAAAUAACACUGCUAUGGAAGAUCAAGAACAAACAGAAGAUAUUCCUCUCGAGGCAACUGAACUGGAAGAGAUGGACGAAGAUAUGUUAGCAAAUGUGAAGACUCUUCCAAAUAACGGAGAAGUAGAUGACGAUAAGAUAUCAAGCGAAGCUGAAGAAGGCGAGGAAGAAGAAGAAGAUGGUGAUCGUGAUGCCGAUCUUGAUGAUUUCGAAGAAUAUGUAGCACAAUCUCGUCUGUCGAGGAAAUCAUCACAAAAUGGUAGAACACAAGAAGAAGAAGCUGAUGACUACCAAGAAUCAGAAAUGGUUGAUGUCGAUGCACAAGAAAAGAAAGCACGUAGGAGAACCUUACGUUUCUACACAUCUAAAAUUGACCAACAAGGAAACAAGAAGGUUGAUAAAUUCAAAGGUGAUGAUGAUAUUCCAUAUAAAGAAAGAUUCUUUGAAAGACAACAACGUUUGGUGGAAGAAGCUCGUAAGCGUGGGAUAAGUGAUGCCAAUGCAGUACCACUGGAUAAUAGAGAUAUUGAUUCAGCUGAAGAGGAAGCAGCAAAGACGCUAAAUCAAAAUACAGAAAACGAUUACUAUAAACAAAUUCAACUUGGCAGACAAAAUAAGAAGAAUGCUCGUACACAAGCACAUAAGAAGGCAGUGAUAGCCGCUCGAGAAGGUAAAUUAUCCGAGUUAGCUGAAGAAAUUGGUGACGAUGGAAAACGUGCUAUCAAUUAUCAAAUAUUAAAGAACAAGGGUUUGACACCAAAGAGAAAGAAGGACAACAGAAAUUCACGUGUCAAGAAGAGAAAGAAGUUCGAAAAGGCUCAAAAGAAGCUCAAAUCUGUACGUGCUGUUUAUUCUGGUGGUCAAUCAGGCGUUUAUGAAGGUGAAAAGACAGGUAUUAAGAAGAAUUUGACCAGGUCUGUCAAAUUUAAAAACUGA